AUGUGCCAUAUCGAGAUGGAACUUGCAACCGAGAACGGAGAGGAUGGCUGGGAGAAAACCUUUACACUAUGCCACCAUUUUCGCAGUUUUGAGUGUGGUUUUCGUGUCGACGUCAUGGUGUCCUUUACCCCGGAUGGCAUUAAACGAAAACCUUCAAAAGAUGGUCUCGAUAUAGCGUGCAAAAUGCUGCUUGACCUGGCCAUAUUGAAAGCGCAAGAAGUGCAGGGUGGAGAUACUGGAAAUGGAGAGAACUAUAUGUCUGGGUAG